UUCUCGAUGUAUGCACAGUGAUACGUGAAAGCAUUGCGACAGGAGGGAUAUCAAUUUGAAAGUCAUUUAAUAAAUUGUGAGAGUCAAUGAAUGACUGUAGCUUUCAGAUAAGAAGAUUCUUCAUUCGUUCCACGUAUCUUAUUGAACUUUCGAAACAUUCAUUCUCUCCUCUCGUUCCACAAUCCACCGAACAUGCAGCGCUCGAGUCUCGAAGAAAUUUUAGAACAACAUUUGCCCGAUGCAGAAUUACGCGAAGUGAAGCGGAUUUUGUUUGGCCGAGAAAUCGAGAGUUUGACUUUGCCAGAAGGGACCCCAGAAGAAAAUUUUGAGGUCAAAGGAUGGAGGAUAAAAUCUGCUAUCACCGAACAAAUUCGUGCUCCUCGCAUUGUCCGGGUUGGAAUCAUUCAACAUUCUUCUGUACUGCCAACGGAUAGACCAAUUAAAGAACAAAGGGAUGCGAUACAUGAGAAAAUACACAAAUAUGUUGAGCAUGCAGCCAGUUGCGGAGUCAACAUUGUUUGUCUCCAGGAAGCAUGGACUAUGCCUUUUGCAUUUUGCACUAGAGAGAAAUAUCCAUGGUGCGAAUUCGCAGAGGAUGUGGAAACCGGACCUUCGACCGCACUAUUGUCCAAGCUGGCAAAAAAAUACAAGAUGAUCAUCAUUUCACCAAUACUUGAAAGAGAUUCAAAGAACGGAGACACUAUUUGGAACACCAGUGUUGUUAUAUCAGAGAGUGGCCAAGUUUUGGGUAAACACAGAAAAAAUCAUAUACCUCGUGUGGGAGAUUUCAAUGAAUCGACUUAUUACAUGGAGGGUAACACGGGUCACCCAGUAUUUGAAACCUGCUACGGACGCAUCGCCAUAAACAUUUGUUACGGAAGACAUCAUCCGUUGAAUUGGGCAAUGUUUGGCAUCAAUGGAGCAGAAAUUGUAUUUAAUCCUUCAGCAACAAUCGGAGCCCUAUCCGAGCCCUUGUGGCCGAUCGAAGCACGUUGUGCAGCUGUAGCGAACAGUUACUUCACUUGUGCUAUUAAUCGUGUCGGAACGGAAAUAUUUCCCCGAGAAUUUACUUCGGGCAAUGGCGAACCGGCUCAUCGUGAUUUUGGGCAUUUCUAUGGCUCGAGUUAUAUCACCGCUCCGGAUGGAACUCGCACCCCGGGCCUCAGUCGUCACAAAGAUGGUCUUCUCGUAGCCGAUCUCGAUCUCAAUUCUUGUCGUCAGACUAAAGACAUUUGGGGUUUUCGGAUGACUCAGAGAUUGGAUAUGUACGCGAAAGAAUUGGCGAAAGCCACUCAGCCGGAUUUUGAGCCUCAAAUAAUCAAAAAGUAAUUGCUGGUUGGAUUAAAUAUUUCAAAAGCUAUAAACAGAAGAACGUACAAUGUUUUCUUCCUGAAAUUACACAAAAGGAGAUAUAUUUUUUAUGAAAUAAAUUACUACUGAAAGAUC